AUGUCAGCAACAAAAAUUUUAGAUCUUUUACAACUCCAAAAUUUAACCAAGCGUGAUCCAGCUGCUUAUAAAGAAGAAUUUUUGUUACAAUACCAACAUUAUUUAACACAAUUACAAAUUUUCCAAUUAAAACCAACCAAAGAAUUUAAACACUUUGCUCAAUUAGUCAGUUUCUUAAGUCAUGUUUGCAUUUGUUACCCAAAAGAAUUAUCAGAAUUUCCAAAACAAAUUUCAGAUUUAUUAGAAAAUAGUUGCAGUAAUUUAGAACCAGAACUUAGAAGAAUUUUAGCUAAAAGUUUAAUUUUAAUGAGAAAUCGUAAUCUUUUACAACAAACUACACUUUUAUCAUUAUUUUUCAAAUUAUUCAGAGUUCACGAUAAACCACUUCGUAAAUUAUUAUAUUCACAUAUUGUUGCAGAUAUUAAAAAUACCAAUUUAAAACAAAAGAAUCAAAGACUUAAUAGAACUCUUCAAAAUUAUAUGUAUUCAAUGAUGAAUGAUGACUCUGAUAUUGCUGCUAAAAUGUCAUUAAAGGUUAUGAUCGAUUUAUUCAGAAAGAAAAUUUGGCACGAUACAAAAACUGUUAAUGUUAUUAGUAAUGGUAUUUUUUCAAAAAAUUCUAAAAUUAUUAUUACAACAUUAAACUUUUUCCUUCAUAUUGAUAAUCCAGAUAAAGAAGACGAAGAGGAUGUUGAAGAUGCACAAAAAGAACAAAGAGCUAAAGAUAAUUAUAGAAAGAAAUCUUUAUCUAAUCGUGUCGGUAAGAAGACAAAGGGUAGACAAACACGUUUAUCAAAGAGUAAAGUCGAUUUAAAAAAAGCAAAACAAAACGAAGAAAAGAAAGGUCAACCAAAUUUCCCAGCAAUUGAAUUAAUUCAUGAUCCACAAGGCUAUUGUGAUAAGUUAUUCAAUGUUUUAGCAAAAACCACCGAAAAAUUUGAAACUCGUAUCAUGAUGAUGAACUUUAUCUCUCGUUUAAUUUCAGCUCACAAAUUAAUGGUAUACAAUUUCUAUCCAUUCCUUCAAAAGUACUUACAACCACAUCAAAAGAACAUCACCUAUUUAUUAGCAGUUUUAGCUCAAGCCUGUCACGAUCUUGUUGACCCAGAUGUAUUAAAACCAUUAAUUAUGACAAUUGCAAAAUUCUUUGUUAACGAUGGUUGUGCUCCAGAGGUUAUUGCUAUUGGUUUAAAUACUAUUCGUGCUAUUUGUGCUCGUUGUCCAUUAGCUAUGGAACCAGUUCUCUUGGCCGAUCUCAUUCAAUACAAAGAUAAAAAAGAAAAAGGUGUCGCCAUGGCCAGUAAAAGUUUACUUCAAUUCUUUAGAGAUAAUUAUCCAUCAAUGUUACCAAAGAAAGAAAGAGGUAAAAAUAAGACUGAUGUUGGUUUAUUAGCUUUUGGUCAUCAAAAAGUAGAACAAGGUGUCAGCGAUAUAGAUUUACUUUAUGAUGAAGAAUUAAAUAGAAAAUUAGAUGCCAUCGAAAAUGGUGAAGAUAUUGAUAGCGAUGAAGAAUGGGAAAGUGCCGAUGAAGAUGAAGAUAUUGAUGAAGAAGGUGUAGAAGAAGAAGGUGAUGAAGAAUUAGAAGAGGUUGAAGAAGAUGAUGAUGAAGAAUGGGAAGAGGUUGAAGAAGGUGACCAAGAGGAUGUAGAUGAUGAUGAAGAAUGGGAAGAAGUCGAAGAUGGUGACGAAGAUGAUGAAGAAGAAGAAGAAGAAGACGACGAAGAAGAAGAAGAAGAAGAUAUUGUUAAUGAAAAUGAAAAAGAUGAAAAAUUCUUAAAACCAAAAGUUAAAAAAGUAUAUGAAAAAGAUGAUGGUAUGGAUAAACUUCAAAUUUUAACCGAUAAAGAUUUUGAAAGAUUAAAGAAACUUCAAGCACUCAAGAAAUCAAUUGAAGAAAAUAAAGAAUAUGAAGGUAUGGAUGAAGAUGAAGACAACGAAGAAGAUAUUAAUGGUUUCAUUGAUCCAUCACAAUUAAUAGGUUCACAUAAAAAGAAGAAAAUGGAAUUGGAAGAAAGAAUCAAACAAAUCAAAGAGAAUAGAGCAGAAAGAGGCGAAUACACAUCUAAAACCAAACAUAAAGAAAAUAGAGUCGGUAAAUCAACAACCAACGAAUUUAAAUCAAAACAAAAACAAUUCAUUUUCCAACUUAAAACUCAAAAGGUUAGAGGUAAAACUCUUAUGUCAUUUAGAGAUAAACAAAUUAAACAAAAAAGACAUUCAGAUAAACAAAGAAGAGGUAGAAAAUAA